UGCAUACAUGGGUCUGUGAAUUCCGUGAAGAGAGAGAAGGAAUGGCGAUAGAGAGAGAGAAGGGAAAGGCAAAAUCAAGGGUUUUUAAGGAAAGGAAGGAGAAGCUUCUACAGAGCCUUCAACGGAGGUAAAUUUCUUGAUCAAUCCAAGAAGGGUAGAGGAGGGUGUUGAGUAGCUGAGCAUCGGAAGAGUAGGGGGUCUUUUACCCCUCUGGGGAAGGAGAGUUCAGAUCUAUUUUAAAAGAAAGUACGAUGGAGCAGAGUUUCGGGGUGGGGAAAGGGUACAACCAAGGAAAGGGAGAAGGAAACAAGUACGUCUAGCAAGGCAGAGAAUCAGUCAUCUCCUGGGAACUCGUCAAAUGGAGGGAAGGUAAAGAUGACAGAAGCAGGAAGAACAUGGGCUCCAGUUGUACAAGGGGCUAGAAGAUUCCGGUGGGAGACAUCUAGGGCUUCCGAAUAAGAUAUAGAACCUCUGGAGAAGGCAUUCUCUCAGGUGGUGGUUUUUGAAGAUGAAGAAAUAGAAAAAGUAGGAAGUGGCAAACAGCCAUUUUGGGAAAAUUUUUGGGCAAGGAUUUUUCAGUGGAUUAAUUUCAUCCAAAAAGAGAUGAGGCUACAAUGGAAUGUGGUGGAUGAUUUUCAGGUGACACCAUUAUCAGAAGCCAUGCCAGUGUUCGCAUUACCAUCAGAGGGGGUGAAACAAAGGAGACUGACAAAAGGACCAUGGACACUAGCUGGACAGUUGCUUGCUAUGGAGGGGUGGCGGCCCAACUUUAGACCCGGGAAGGAGAAGCCAAGGGCAACAGUCAAGGAUGGCCUGUGCUUAAGGAUCUUACUUGAUGCUUAUGGUGAUAUAUCUGGGCAGGCUGUCAAUAUACCGAAAUCUGCAAUGCUUUUCAGCCCCUCUACACCUCUUGCCAUCGAAAGGUAGCUUCGAACUAUAUUUCAGAUGCCUGUGAAGCAAGGAGUAUGGAAAUAUCUUGGGAUGCCACUUUCAGGUUCCAGGCUUAAUGCUAAUGAUUGCAGUUAUAUUAUUGACAAUGUAGAAAGGAGAUUAGGCAACUGGAAGUGGAAGGCUUUGUCCAUGACAGGGAGAGCAACCCUUCUAGCCUCGGUCUGAUCUUCUAUUCCUAUUUAUUGCAUGUCAUCGGGUGGUUAAACCAAAUACGUUUAUUAAAAGAAUGGAAAGGGACUUUCGGGCUUUCCUUUGGGGACACUCGAGGGAGGUAGGGAUUUGCAUUAAGUUGCUUGAGAUUUAAUCUGCUAGCCAAAAUCCAGUGGUGGGCUUGGUUUACCGAAAUUAAAUUUAAAGCAACAAGCAUUAUGGUGUAAACUGGCUGCAUAGGUUGUUCUUCUACCAAAUUUCUUAUGGUCAGAACUUGUUCAACCUAAGUACAACUUUAAAGGGUCUUGGGUAAAUUAUGUUAAACCCAGGAAAGUGUUAUCUGUGUGGAAAGGGAUUUGCAAGCAGGCUUCUCGGGUGCAGAGUCAUUUUCAAUGGAUAACAAGCUCUGGUAUUUCUAUUAAUGUAUUUACUGAGCCCUGGAUAUGCUCCAUUCCUUUGGUUCAUUGGGCAACAUAUGUAAAUGUUGAAACUGACUUAUGUGCAUGUGGCUGAAUUUAUCAAUGAUGAUCAUAGUUGGAAUGUUAAAAAAUUAAGCGAUCAUUUUAGUACUGACAUGAUGAACUAGAUAUCCCGAAUUUCAUUGUCCAAGGGAUGUUGGCCUGAUCAGUUAUGUUGGCAAGAAUCCAGGUCUCAAAAUAUAAAAUUGAAGGAAAUAAAUAAGCUGUUAAACAACCAAAAUUUUGCUGAUACCCAAUUCCAAUUGGAGGUGCCGUUGAGGGUGUCUUUUUUCUAGUGGAAGGUAAUUUGGUCUAGACUGCCAACCAAAUAUUUGCUUGUUGA